AUGAGCACAGCAAAGACAGGCUUGACAGUUCCAUUCAUCCCUGCAGACCCACCCUCAGCCUCCUCCUCAGCCUUGGGAGCCAAAGCCAACCGUACCCGUAAACAACGAAACAAUAACAACAGCAACAGCAACUGCACUUCAGGAAACAACAACAGCAGCGGUGCUCCUUCAAAGAAACUUGAAAAGAGUCCUUCGUUCAACUCCAACUUACAGAAUGGCCUAAGCACCUUGGCCAGUGGUGCCGAAAGCACCAACAUCAACUCUUCAACCAACAAUAACAACAACAACAGCAACAACAACGUCACUGAUAACCACAAUGGUCAUGGGAAUAACCACCCCAAUCCCUUGACCAACAACAACAGCUCCCCCAAGAACCACUCCCAGUCGCGCAACAGUCCCAGGAACAGCGGCAGAUCCCGAGACAACAGCCGCCUGGCUGCCGACAGUCUUGAUAGAGACAUGCCUGGACGAGCCAACAACAAUAACAGCUCGGGACGUCCGUCCGGACCCGCAGGUCGUCUCUUCGACCAUAAAAGAGACCCUGUCCCAGUUUUACCAGCCUCGUCUUCUACCUCGUCCAUGACUAAUGGGCGCGCCGCCACGGGCAACUCCAGGAACCAAGGCUCGAACAGCAACAACCGACAGCAGCGACAGGGGAUGAGUCAGCCACCUCAGCUUCAACGACUCUACGACCCUAAUCAGCCGCAGCACUCGCCCAACUCGCAGCCGCAGCCGCAGUCCCAAAAACUGUUAGAGUCCAACUAUCCGGAGAACAGUUCCGCGACCAAGUCAUCGGGGAUUUCGACUACCGCCCCAGUCACGGCACCCGCCCCCAGAGGCACCACGGCAGCCUCCGCUCCUUCGGAUGGCUUAGUCCGCUUGACCAAGGAAAUUCAGCAGCUGGAGAGGAAGCUGAUGGAGAAGCCAGGACGCCGCACUCUGGACAGUGACGAUGAUUCGGAGAGUGGCCACCGCAAGGAUGAGUCUCUUGGCUGGAGCCGACGCAUCGACAACUCCAAAAGGUUGGCGUACAAGUACCUCAAGCUGAUGCAGCUCGACUUCAAGUCGUCUCUCAAGCAUGAAAUCGACACCCGAUGCUGGAAACUGGCCAUCUACCCACUUAUCGAGACCUUCCGCGCUGCCCUUCGCAACGCAGAGCACACCAGCAACCUUUCGAGCGCAGGGCUUUGUCUUUCGGAUUCGGACGAGGAUCAUUCUGAGAAUAUUCGACAUUACUUUACCGAGUUCAUUAGCGUCGCCCAGGUGUUUUAUGCGGACUUGAAGACCACCCUUCAGCAAUUGGAGGCAAAGUACGCGACGCCCAAUGGCGGACUUGCACGCAUUGUGCAAGUACCCCGAUGGCACCGGUGUGUCGGUAUCUUGGGCGACUUGGCCAGAUAUCGAUGGUUGCACAAGCUCGACAGUGAUGGCCCUUCCUUGCCUCCUACCGACUGGCUUGUUGUUGCGAGGCGCUAUUAUCGAGAGGCGAUUGACCUUGGACCCGGCAACGGCAAGAUGUACAACCAGCUGGCCCUAUUGUCUGGGUGCCGUGGACUCGAGUCGCUCUACUAUUACAGUAAAAGUUUGACUGUGAGGUCUUCUUUUGUUAAUGCGCGAGAGACGUUGAUGUCGUUCUUCUCGUCGAACGAGCAGAUUCAAACCUUGAUCCAAUCGAAGCAGACCUCCAAGGCUCGCCAGGCAGCUUUGGCCGAUACCACGCGUCGAGACUGUGAGGGCUCUUUUCUCCUCCUUCACGCCAUGCUGUUUGAAAAGAUCAACCUCGACAAGUUCGACAAGCGACACAGGACUUUUACUAAGCAGCUCAGGGUUCUUCACCAGCCCCGCUUCCCCGACACCUCCGCCGAUCAGCAAUCUUUGGCCGUGUCUGAGCGAUGGGACGUGUUUUACUUUAUGUUGGCUGUCGUCAACAUUGCGGCCAUGUACGAGUUCAAUUGGACUGCGUCCGUCUUGGCCAAGGCCAAUACAACAUUUGGCCAACUUCGCGAUCACUUGGCCGCAGUCGCGACUCUCCCGUACUCGUCCACGUUGCUCUUGUCGACAAUGGAGCAGUCGAUGCAGCGAUACCUGACAAGCGUCGGGAAUACUCAGCGAAAGGUUGCCGUGUCGUCGUUGGAGGAGCAGCAGGGCUGGCUGGUGUACUGUCACACGGUUCUCGUGUGGAUGGCUGGACGCCCCCUUGGAUCUGGAAGUGACAUGCUGAACAAUUGGCUUGCAUUGGCGAACCAUGAGACUCUGCCGACCUUUUGGACGACUUUGGUUCAGUUCAUGAACUACCAUUGGAACGAGCUUUCGCCUUUUGAGCAGUCGGAUAUGCUCUCGGCUCUUUCAGAGGAAAUAUCUGAGCAAGGAUUAGCAGAUCGGCAGCAUAAAGCAAGCGAAAAGGUUUCGUUCCAGUUGUCGCUCCCACCCCUCGGCCAGGAGUGGGAGUUGCGAGGACUCGCCUGGUUGCCGACGAGCCGAUACUCAGGCGCCAUGUUCAAGGGUUUGCAGCCGGUUCUGGACGAUGCCGAUUUGAACGGCGGUAGCUUUUGGAAACAGGAACCGCCAAAGUCGGAGCGCUUGUCUAAGCGCUUGGUCGAGCUGAGUUUGAUUGCAGCUAUGCACAUGGAGGUUGUCGAGUUUGAUUUUUGCGAGAAUGCGUUCAAGAUCAACGAGGAAUACGCGGCACAGGCAGAGGAGGCAGGAUUGCAGGCAGGAAGCGCAGAGGACGACACGACGGACGACAAUCUCUUAUCGUCUUCCCAUGCCAGCCUCAGUCAAGAUUCAGGACUCGAGGACGAGCCCGUUCUCAGCGCGACCUUUAGCGACAUGGGCAUCUUUGAUGGUCACACCCCCAACGCCGAUAUUCUGGAGCUCAAAUCCAAGCGGGACCAGCUCAAAUCGAUGCUCAGCGACAACCGACGUGCAGCUGGAGCUGCUACCCUCAAGGGGUAUGGGUCCCGAGGAGGUCCUCAGGAUGGAGCAUCAGGUCGCAGGAACAACAGCAAAGGUGGACGUGGGUAUACCGAUCGUAGGAUCCAGAAUGGUGGUGCUGCACCCUCAAGGGCGCUGCAGGUGGCAGAGAACUCGAUCUUGGUCAUUGAUACCAACUGUUUGGUGUCGGACUGGACAGUGAUUCAACGAGUGGUCUCGGCAGAUCGAUGGACAGUCAUUAUCCCCCUGGCGGUUAUCACAGAGUUAGACGGACUCAAGAACAACCCGGCACCCUUGGGUCCUGCAGCCGCAGCUGCUUUGGACUAUUUGGAGGGCUGCCUGGCGAUGCGACCCAAGCCUCGUCGUCUCAAGAUCCAGACCAGUCGCGGCAACUAUAUGAAUGACUUGAGCUUCCGAGUCGAGUCGUUCAACUAUGAGAGACAGGCGCCUCAACAGCAGUUGCAGCCACCGCAGCAGCGCUCGAACCAUCAGCGCCACAGGAGAGCAGUGUCGGGAGGAGGCUCAGGAGCUGUUGGAUCUGGAGGGAGCCAUGAUGAGCGCGACCAGGACGAUGAGGGCGGAAGCGAGGGCGAUUAUUACUACUACGAUGAUCGCGACGAGGAGAUUAUGCGGAACCACAAUGUGGACGACUUUAUCUUGGGGCUGUGUCUCUGGCAUCAGGAGAAUGGCCCCUCUUCAUCGUCGUCAUCGUCCUUGUCGCCCUCGCCCAUGACGUCAUCGUCUGCGGUAGGGAUCUAUCUUGUCACGUAUGAUCGCAACCUGCGUGUCAAGGCGCGUGCGAGAAGUGUCCAGGUCUUGGGCAAGGAUGAUCUCGGCGCCCUUACCUCUGGCCUCUAG